AUGGAAUCAAGAGAGCAUUCUUGUAUUGUUAUUCCAAGUGGAUGUGACACUGUAGCUAAAGUAAAGUCAAUAGAUUGCUCAACAGUUACGAACGAUCCUGAAGGAGUAGAUUUUGACACCUUAAUUAGCGAUUUCGAUUUAUCGUCAUCGUCUGAAAAAAGUAUUGAAUUUUCAGAUCCAUUCGAGGAUUUUGAAGUGUUUCUCAAAAAGCAACAGAAAGUGAGAAACAUGAUGCAAAGACCAACAGACAUUGAUAUCACACCAUUACUUUCACCAUCAUCAAUGUCUUCUCCAUUCAGAGCUUACAACCGAGGAACAAGCAAAGGAAAUCAAACGCCUAGAGGAAAAUAUGACCUGAGUCCAAGAUCUUCUGGAAUUCCUGCCUUAACACCUGCCACUCCAGAAUUCUUUAGAAGUGAUUCGUCAGAAAAUAUCAUUUUAAAACCUUCCACACCAGGCUCAACAACAUCAGAUCAGGUUGAGAAUGCAGAACAUUUCUUCCAUCAACUUUUACAAAGAUACUCUUCAAAAACUCCUCAACAAACUCCUACGAAACAAUAA